UUCGUGAAAUUAUCUCGCUUUCUUACAGAACUAACACACACUCGACAUGAAUUUACACUACAAAUGAGUUACGAAGCGGUACCAUGUAUGUUUCGAAGCUCUGCUCAAAAUGGUAACGGUGAAACACAAUACCUCGGUUUGCUUAUACGUCCAUCUGCUAAUCAACAAAAUCCUCCGGGAGCUCCUGCUGGCACAGUUGUCGGUAGGCCAAAUACCGGUCAACCAGUAACAGCAUUAGCAUCAGGAGGCACACCUGCUAAAGCACCUCCUCAACCGCUUCUCGUCCAAGGAGUUUAUCCUCAAGGCGCUCCAAUCGUUGUACAGGGAGAAACACCGAAGGUCCUCGUUCCUGCCAAAGUCCAAGUUCGACUGCAGCAAGGCGGUGAUGCUUCGGUAGCGAUCUCACCGACAGCUUUGCCAUCGACAACGCUGCCGAUGGCAGCCACAUCCACGAUGGCAUGGCCUCAGGCUGGUCCUGUGAAAGCUGCAUUUGCUCCUCCUGUACACAAUUUGGCUAGUCCUUGUAAUUCGCAGCCACGAAGUCUGUCCGUGUGCUCAGCUUCACCGCAACUCGACUCAUCACCAAUGUCACCGUUGCCUAACAUAAUCCAAUAUCAUAACCAUCCGGCCCCAUCUGUGGUUCGACCAGGAUUGCAGGCUGAUCCUCGAUCUGUGCGAGUCUCGAAUGCAGGACCAUGGACAGCUCCGGUCAGUGACUCGUCCACAACACCGGAUUCCGGAAUUCAGUCUGUCCCUGGAUCACCUCCUAGCAACCAUCCACUAACUCCACCUACGAUGCAGUUGGAAGGCUGUGACUCAGUUUGUGAAGAACGUUAUGAGAAUGAUGAAGAUUUUGCGGAUAUGCCACGACUUCUUCCUGCUGAUCAAGAGGAAGAGCCCCAGUGUAGUAACAGUUGCACAUCGAUACGUGAAGAUGUCACAUCUGCUCAUGGAUCCGAAUGUGAAACUGCACCCACUCCAUCGAUCUCGAUCACUACGACCAUGGACACCAAAGAAAUUGUGGAACAGCUGAUUAUGCUGGAUCCACAAAAAGCAAAUGUCAUCGCAAAUCUCAUAAAGCGACGUCAAUCCAGUAAUAAGCGAAGAAGUGGCAGCAAACAGGAACACGCUCCCAAACGAGCUCGUCCUGCCAGUGCCGCAAGCGAAGAUGCCAAGAAGAGCGAAGAAGAACCGACACCUGUCCGAGUCAGCACUCGAAGCACCUCACGAGCCUCCUCACUCAAAGAUGGCCGUACUUCCAGCUGUGCAAACAUGAAACUUGAGGUUUCACCCGUCUGCAUAGAUGGUACCAGCGGUAUCGUAUCACAAGAGAUCUCUCCUCUUCCUCGUGUACAGAACCCUUCUGAAUCUCCGUCAUCUGAAGAACGAAAAAGCGAUGCCAACUCGUCCACAGAUGAAUUGGAAAUAAGGAAACUGUACAGAGAAGCUGUGAAACGAAUGUUGCGUGAGAAAGUGACGACCCUGCUGGAGGCGACCAUUUCUGAUCUACAAGGCCUACGUAUCGGACCGCGAGAACGGCAUGAUCGUCGGAAUAGCAAGGAACGGAAGAAUCUGUGGGCUGUCAAUUGGGAGCAUGUAAAGAAAAGGAGGAAGAAAGAGAAAGAGGAGGAUAAGAAGAAGAGCAGUGAACGAACUAGAAAGAAGGAGGUUUUUUCGAAGAGACAGGAGAAACAACAGAAUAAGCAUGAACAUGUGGAGGAGAAACACGAAGAUGCUGAAGAUCACCCACAUCCCGAAAAGAACAAUGAGAAACGCACACGAAAGAGGAGGAAUGACAGCAUGGAGAAGGAAAAGGAAAAAGAAAAGGAGAAGAGCAAGGAUGAGCACAGAACGAGAUCUUCUCAUUCCACUCCUGCCAGAAGGACAUCAUGCUGCGAAACAACGACACCUACGAAGAAAAUGACUUGUUGCGAUAAUACCACUUUGAAAAGGGAGAAAGAGUAUGAAGAGAUUGUUCGAAGCGUUGCUGUUGGAACUUUGCCAGAAUGGGAGUCACCUGUGCUCUCUUGUGGUUGCACGCGAGGAGCAUGUACAUCCGAUUCAGAAUGUGUGAAUCGUGCCCUUUGUGUUCAGUGUCCACCAGGCUGUGCGGCUCCAUUGUGUGCAAACAAGAAAUUCUGGAAAGAUGACGCUUUAAAAUCUUUGGUCGUGGGAGGAGCGAAAACCAGAAAAAUCUUGAGAACAAAACACGCAAGGAGGGCUGGAGAUUUCCUGGGUGAGUUUGCUGGUGAAGUAGUUCGUUUCGAAGAUGCCAGGAAACGUUGGGAAACGUAUUCCAAAACGGAUACGUCGCCCAUAAUACUCUGUUUGACGUCACGAUUGUUUGUUGACGCCACUGUCCGUGGUAACGUCACACGUUAUGUGCGUCAUUCGUGUAAACCCAAUGCAAGGCUCGAAGUCUGGUCUGUCAAUGGCAACUACCGCAGUGGUCUAUUUGCGUUGGGCGACAUUGCAUCUGGGAGUGAGAUCACUAUUGAUAUGAAUGGCCUCUUACCAGCAACUCGAAAAUGCCAUUGCGGUGCACAUGAUUGUCGCAAAAAGAUUGUUAUGUCGCGGAAUGCUCCUAUCGCAUCUGCCACUGAUCUGUCCAUCAACGAGGAACGAAUAGUACGCAAAGAGCAUUUGUUCUUGAUCCGAAAUCGGCAGCACUGUAUAGCUCAAGCCAUAUCUUCAGGUAUCCACGGUUCAUUUGAAGCACCUACAUCUCAGAUAGAUGGCUUGCGGAAAAUACUCAACGGAAUAGGCUAUCGGGUCCGUCGCAUUGACGGUCGUUUACCAAUGAAGUCGUUAGCGGGUUACCACCGUUUGUGCCGAAUAUUGCAAAGUGUUGAGAGACGGCGACCGCAGCUGAGUAAAGCGGAAAUAGCUACGGCAUUCGAUGCUGAAAUGACCAAAUGGCUUGACGAGAUUGCGGAUGACGACCUUGACAGAGCUUACACUGCUCUUCGUGGUCGUUACCUCUUCGAUGGUGGUAAAUCUGACAAAGAAGAAAAGCAGAAGAAAGACAGGCGAAGAGAUGGACGAAUUAUGAGCCGAGAGAUGAAUCUUGAGUACAUUGAUUCGGCGUUCAAGGUUGGUGGAUAUGAUCCCGAUGCUGUAUGGCCAGAAGGAAAAGCAAAUGAGAAAGAUGAUGCGGUGCGUUGUGUCUGUGGUUCGUUGGAGGAAGAUGGAGAAAUGACACUCUGUGACACGUGCAACUUCUGGUUACAUAGUGAAUGCUUGCAAGAUGUCGAUCCAGAUGCUGACGAGUACAAAUGCCAAUUCUGCUGUGGAACUAUAUCUGGAAAUCGGCCUUCCAGUGAUGUUGUACUCGCCAAACAACCUGAAAUUCGUCUAUAUGCGUGCACGUACUACAAGGCUCUUGUCAACAAUCGUUCCAUCCAAGUUCGACUCAAUGAAACUGUCCAUGUUAAGAGAACAGCAGGCGACGACCAUAAGAAAAUCCUGAAAAAGUUAAUGGAUGUUAGUGAGAAAAAGAAGAAGAACGGUGAAGAAGAAAGGUUUGAGGACAUACCGCCAGCAAAUAAUACUAGAUUACCGUCUGAGACAUUCCACAGAAAGGAUUUGCGCGUGUUUCGUGUGGAGAGGCUGUUUACAGCACCUGGUGGGCAUCGCUUCGUAUUUGGCUUCUACUACGCUCGGCCACAUGAGACAUUCUGCGAUUCGCAGAGGAUUUUCCACAGAAAUGAGGUAUUUGCCACUCCGCUGUACGAUACGUUGCCCUUAGACGCGGUUGUGGGAAGAUGUGCUGUCUUAGAUCCAUCGGUAUGGUGCAUUGGGAGACCGACGGUGCCGGAGUUCAAGGAAGCAGAUGUAUAUCUGUGCGAGUACCACAUUGAUCGCAACCAACGCAGUUUCGAAAAAAUUCCAAGCAAGAACAGAUAUCCAAUCAACACACAGCCUUAUGUGUUCCGCAAAUUUGAUGAGCCAAUCACGAUCAAGCGUGAUUUCACGCCUUUCAUCGUUGAUCCAACUAGUUCGUCGCCAGCUAAAUCAUCAGCAAAAAUGGAUAAGAAUGCUUCGGAAGCUGCUUUGCUCAAACGAAUCAAAUCCCACAAUUUGGAUGCAGUAUUGAGUAAAAUCGGUCAUUCUGGGAAGCGAGCAUCUAUACCGAGCAAAGAUGGUGAAAAGAAAGAGAAGCGGCACCGGAAAGUUAACAACAAAUGAUCUUGGACGGUUCGGCUUUACAGCGACGGAGUAUUGUGUUAGGGCCUUCUCGUGACUCCCAGAUUCAGGUUCACAGUCCCGGUUAUUCUAUCUCUUUGCAUUUCAUUUUUAAUUUUUUUGUUGUUAUUAUAUGACGAAGAUAGUGGAAUGACAUAUGUGAUCACUACUAAUGCAUGCUUGUGACUUUCUCCGCUAACUUCGUCAGCUUCUUGUCUGGAGAGUUUUCGUGAGAGAUAUAUCAAACAACUACAUCCUCUAAACUAUAGAUGUUGAUUUCGCAAUCUGCUUUGCUUUUGGCGAUAUUUUCUUCUGUGAUUUUGUGCAAGGAGUUUGCGAAUUUAGCAUCUGAGGUUCCCUUUAUCUCUUCUAAUCAGGUCACACGGCCGAUUCCGGUGCACAUUACCUUAUUACGUUUGGGAACUUCUCAUAUAGUCGUUUUCAUCUGGCAGGCCUCUCGUGUAGCAACACCUUUAUUGUUUUUAUGAAAAGUAGAAGCUGGACACAUGCGUUUUCUUCUUGGAUAUAUGUUAAGUGCUGCUGUAAGUUUAAGACUCAACAUAAAGUCGAAAUCGUGAUGCAGCUGAAGCGGCCUCGCAGAAUGGGAACGAACUAUGUAAAUUGUAGUACUUUCUGGUUUUCUUCAUUUGUUGCCGUUUCAUGUGAGCCCAUCUUGUUGUUAGAUAACGAGCAGAUGAAUUUCAUG